UUCGCUCUUACCGUUCUUAUUAUACAGCUAUGGCUCUUACAAACAAGAUGUAUAAGACAGCCAAACCUUGUUAUGUUGUUGGCUGCCACUAUCCGGACAAGGGACUGCAUUCAAUGCCAACUUCGGAAAAAGACAAGAAACUGUGGAUGGACUUCAUUUACAACGGGAAUGUGCCAGAAUACCCGAACAAAUGUAUGGCUGUGUGUUCAAAACAUUUUACGGCGGACUUGUUUAUUAACUUACGUCAAGUCAAAAGUGGAUUUGCCACCAAACUAAGGCUAAAGACUGGGUCAAUUCCAACCAUCCGGGACCCGAAUUCGGAAGCUGCCAGCACAUCAAAAGAUAUCAGCCAUAUACCUCGUAUAAAGGUGGAUGCUGCCUGUCAGACUGACCCCCCACCGCAGCGUUCUGUUAGGACACAGCUUUCCUCGAGGACUCUUCGUACUCACUCUCGAAGUAAAGCUGUCCAGGCUCAAGCUUCCCACAGAAACAUUGGUGUAGGCACGAAAACUGUUCCGUUGGAAGCGCCCCUGCCAGAUUUACCAACCGACCCCAUAGAGAGACCAUCAAAAAGGUCCAGUGUAGACUCUGAGGAGGAAGACGAGGAUCCAUUUGAGGGAAUCCCUACUAUGGAUAUUGAUGACUCGCAGGAUCCUACCUAUGAUCCAACAGAGUCAAUAGCAGAUGAGACAGAAACAACAGACAUGUUCGUUCAAGCACCAAAACCCCCCCAUAAGAUCAACACAUACAUAGUGUAUGAGACCUGCCUCAUGGAGCUUUUUGAAGUGUGUCCUGUGUGCAGGUGUUUGUGUGAUGUACAAACCACAAAGAUGGGUACAUUCAUAUCAGUGCAGCAGCUCUGCCCCCAUUGUCAGUUUGCGAGACAUUGGAAUAGCCAGCCUAUUCUGGGGAGUACUCCAGCUGGAAACCUGCAGCUAUCAGCUGCAACGUACGUCAACGGGGUAUCUUUCUACAAACUUGGAAAGGUCUUCAAAGCAAUGAACAUGCAGCUCUUUAAAUACAACACUUUUCGAAGGCAUGCCAGGAUGUUCAUCGAGCCAGCGAUCGUAUCUUACUGGAAAACCUCACAGGAAGACAUGCUGCGGAAGCUCCGUGAAGAGGAGAAGGUGAUCGUUGGUGGAGAUAUGAAGGCUGUCUCUCCAGGCACAAAGUUUGGCAGCUACACUUUGAUGGACCUCAAGAACAACAAAGUCGUUGACCUGCAGUUGGUUCAGAGCAAUGAGGUUGGCGGAAGCAAACACAUGGAGAAAGAGGGCCUGAAAAGGAGUCUGGAGUGGUUGAAGGAACGUGGUGUGACUCCGGACUGUAUUGUCACAGACCGACAUCGACAAAUUCAGGAAUUCCUCAGGGAAAGCAGCGUCACCCAGCUCUAUGAUGUCGGGCACAUAGAGAAAGGGAUUUCUAAACAACUGCUCAAGGCUGCAAAGAAGAGGGACUGCGAGCAGCUUCGAGAGUGGUUGAAGAGUAUCAGAAAGCAUAUAUACUGGACUGCAGCAACUUCCACCACCGGGCCUGAGAGAGUGGCCAAAUGGACGUCCAUCCUGAACCAUGUGCAGGGUCAUGAGGACCCCCUGUUCCCCAAAUGCCUUCAUCCAUUGCCCGUAACCAGGGGUAAAGGAGAAUGGCUGGCAGCAGGAACGCAGGCCUUUCACAAGCUGGAGAAAGUGCUCUCAAACGAGAGGGUUUUGAAUGAUGUGGAGAAACUCAGCCCCCACCACCAGACUUCACCUUUGAAGGCCUUCCACAGCGCCAUCCUACGCUUUGCCCCACAAAAUGUCGUGUUUCCAUUUCUUGGAAUGUUGUGCAGACUCUACCUGGCAGCCAUACACUAUAAUGAAAGGGCUGAACGCCCCACUUCAUCCACUGGAGACCCUCCGUAUGAACUGCAGACCCCAGAGGCCAGGGAGGGAGAGUGCAGAGCAAAAGCUGUAAAGACUGACCCCACAUUCUGUUACGUUGACGACUUAAUGGACCUCAUCUUUGAUCAAGUCUUUGUUGACCCCGCCCCAUUCACAGAGGAGGUUCUGAAGAUCCCCGUCCCAGAGGACCUGACAGGGAGGAGGUCAGCACAAAAUAUGCUACGCGGUUCAAUUUUGACAGCAUUCUGAACCCGGCACAGACGUUUUGGGAUCAAGAAACUCCCCGAGGACAACGCAGAUGCAUGACUACGCUGAUCCUGGGCCAGCUCACUAAACUUCUGUAGGCUAGAAACCUGUGACGCCUGGAAGAAUUCCAAAGGAUAUUUAGUCAAAAGCCUAUGUCACUUGUGUAAAGUUACUUUGUUAUGGGUUCAGUGAACCGUUUGUUUUUCCGAUAAAGUUUUGGAAGUUUGUAUAAAAUGUGUCAUGAUUAUUCAUGUCUGAGGGAUAUGCUGAAGGUUGUGUGUGGAUCAUGUUUAGUCAACACUAUGGGGUGCCAUUGCCGUGUAGUAAAUAAUAUAAUAUAGUAACGCCAUGUACAAUGACAGAAUGAAAAGAAAGAUUGCAUAAAAUACACCAGUAUUUAUUUUCAUGAACAAUAUUACCAUAAGUUUUACAAAUGAAUUCAUACAACAACAAAAACACUCA